AUGGGUUGUGUUCAUGGAACGUGUUGUAGUAGUUACCCUGCACCAUCAAUUGGUGGCUCUAGGGAUUAUAGAGAGCUUGGUCCACAAAGGAAGCAUGUACUUACACAGAGAUCACUUCAUUUUGUUGAUGUUCCUUCUCAUAACUUCACUGUGGAGUAUUCUGUUUUUACUCAGAGAGGUUAUUACCCUGACUCACCUGAUAAAGAGAAUCAAGAUUGUUAUUGUGUAAAGACUCAAUUGCAAGGUAACCCUAAUGUUCAUUUCUUUGGUGUUUUUGAUGGACAUGGUGAAUUUGGUGGACAGUGUUCUAAUUUUGUUAAGAAUAGGUUGGUAGAAAAACUGUCAAAUGAUUCUGCUUUGUUAGAGGAUCCUGUUAAGGCUUAUAAUUCGGCGUUUUUGGAUACUAAUGAUGACUUGCAUAAGAAUGAGAUUGAUGAUUGUAUGAGUGGUACUACCGCGAUUACUGUGCUGGUUAUAGGGGAUACACUUUAUGUUGCGAAUGUUGGGGAUUCGAGGGCGGUGCUGGCCGUUAAAGAUGGGAAUAGAAUUGUUGCUGAGGAUUUGUCUUCUGAUCAGACACCGUUCCGGAGAGAUGAAUAUGAGAGAGUGAAGCUUUGCGGUGCUAGGGUUUUGAGUGUUGAUCAGGUGGAAGGGCACAAGGAUCCGGAUAUUCAGACUUGGGGCGAUGAAGAGAGUCAGGGCGAUGAUCCUCCGCGAUUGUGGGUUCAGAAUGGGAUGAUCCCGGGGGCUGCUUUUACAAGGAGUGUAGGGGAUAGUUUGGGUGAGACUAUUGGGGUUAUUGCAGUUCCGGAGGUGUUAACGGUUCAGCUUACGCCGAAUCAUCUUUUCUUUGUUGUUGCAAGUGAUGGUGUAUUUGAGUUCCUAUCAAGCCAAACUGUUGUUGAUAUGGCCGCAAGUUAUUCAGAUCCCCGUGAUGCAUGUGCUGCCAUUGCUGGAGAGUCUUAUAAAUUAUGGUUGGAACAUGAAGGUCGAACAGACGAUAUAACAAUUAUCAUUGUUCAGAUCAAAGGCCUGUCUAACUCAGGUAUAUCUGAAUACGGAUCAGGAGAGAUCAACUUCAGUACGGUAACAAAGGUCAAGAAGGGAAAGGGAACUUCUGGUGUAUCUGCUGCCAACGCUCUAGAUGUUCACCGUGCCAUGAGGAAUGGUGUACCUGAUUCACUGUCCUGUCAGCAUGUGGUCUCUUCGAGAAGCCAAGCCAUAGUGGUUCCCUCUCCCACAUGUCAAAGUCCAGAUGAAUCGUGA